AUGACGGGUGUGGAGUACGGCUUCGAGACGGCCAGCCAUGACGGCGAGGCCGGCCCCUCGGCCGAGGAAGCCCUCCAGUACCCUCCACCGGACCCUCCCGCGGGGCGUCACACUCCCCCUCCUGUCACACCCGCCCGCCAUUUUGGGCACGAGCUACUGUCUGUCCUUCCCCAGGACCCGCGAGGGGCACUGCAUGCUCCUGGCCCCUCUGCCCGCCCCCCCCCCGUCCCACCCCCUGACCCCAAUCCGAUCGGGGAUCCGGGCUGGGAGAGGACGGCAGGUGGCCAGGCACAGGGAGGGGCUGGCCUGGGGGGCCUGGAGAGACCCCCUUCCCAGGCCCUGGGCCACCUAGCCCGAGCAUUCCUCAGCCUCCGCCCCCGACUGCAGCCCCUUGGGACUCACAGGGGCCCCGGGUUCUCAGGACCCCUCCGGCCACCACCUCCCAGUGCUUCCACGUUUCCAAAAGCGCCUUCCUGUCUCCCUCGUCUGUCCCUGCGCCUGGGGGCUGGGGUAGGCGAGGCCGUGAGGACUGCCCGUUUUACAGCUGAGGAAACUGAGGCUCAGGGAAACUCCAUGACCAACCUAAGGUGGCGGGCGGUGGCAGGCCCAGCGCCCUUCUCUUCCGCCACCUGUGCUCAUCCUCUCUUGCCGCCACCAGCCCCCUGGGGCCUGAGAGGGGCAGGUCCUGAGAGGGGGGCCCUUGGGGACAGACCGAGGGUCUCUGAGGAUAGAAGGAGAGGUUUCCGGGGCUCGCAGAAGCGUGGGCCCCUGCCAGCCUGCGGGGAGCGGGUCCUUCCUGACAUCUGCUUGCUGCGAGGGGGUGGGUCAGUCCAGCGGGGCCCUGGCGCUCUGCUUUCCUGGCCCAGCCCCAGUACCUUAGCCCUCAGCCGGCCCGAGUGCGUGGGAGGGUCGACAGCCCCAGCUAAAGCACGAGCACCUUAG